CUCUCUUUCUCUCUCUCUCUCAACAACACACCCCCACCUUCCUAUAUAUUGCAUCAUGAAGAAGCAAAUCUUGAAAAGCAACACAUCACUAAAAAGAUUAAGAGAGAAAUGGAGUUGUGCUCAAAGGAACAAGAAGGUUUGUUGGAAGAGUUACUAGGCCUAAGAGAGAUGGAGGAGCACUACAACACAAACAUGAAUCAAGACUUCACCACAAAUUGGAACAUUCUCGAAGAUGUUUCCAUCCCAACAAACACUUGCUUCCAAGACUUGUCUCUCCCCAUCCUCGACCACCACUACUACUAUAGUAGCGCCCCGUUUGGCGACGACCUUUCGCCUCCCGGUUUCUCCUCCGAUUCAUCAAACCCCAACCUCAACUCCCAAACACUCCCUUACGCCGCCACUCCCCAAUUCGAAGACUGCUACUCCAACUCCAACUCCAACUCCUUCUCCUUCCUCCUCGAAGACUUCGGAAACGGGCUGGAUGUCGGGCCUCCUAUCAAGCCCGAGCCCGGCCUCCCCGGCUUCAACGUCGGUUUUGCCCAUGAGACUGAGAGGAAGAGCAAGAUGAAGAAACUCAACAACGGCCAGCCCUCCAAGAACCUCAUGGCUGAGAGAAGGCGGCGCAAGCGCCUCAACGACCGCCUCUCCAUGCUCCGAUCAGUCGUCCCCAAGAUAAGCAAGAUGGACAGGACAUCUAUACUUGGUGACACAAUAGAUUACAUGAAGGAGAUGCUUAAUAGCAUAAACAAUUUGCAAGAAGAAAUGAAUUUGGGAGGGAAUGAAUUGGGGUUUUUGGGUAUAUUCAAGAACCCCAAGCCUGAGGAGAUCUUGAUCAGAAAUACACCCAAGUUUGAAGUGGAAAGGAUGGAUUCAGAGACAAGAAUAGGGAUAUGCUGUGCUGCAAAGCCAGGAUUGUUGCUAUCAACAGUGACAACUCUAGAGGCAUUGGGCAUUGAUAUUCAACAUUGUGUUAUUAGUUGCUUCAACGAUUUCGCAAUGCAAGCUUCAUGCUCCGAGGAUAUGAAGAAGAGGGCAGCUUUGGAUGCAGAAGACAUAAAGCAAGCACUGUUUAGAAACGCGGGAUAUGGAGGAAGAUGUCUCUGAUAAUCAGCUGUCAAUUAAUUGAUUUGAUCUCGAAUUAUUUUACAAAAUAUUGUGUAUCAGUUAUGCUAAGGGAUAAUAAUUUUAUGUUGCGUAGGUUUAUAUCGUGUUUUUUUAAAUUUAUUUUCAACUGGAGGGAAGUAGUUGUUUGUUUUUUUGUUUUUUUCUCAACAAAAUAUUGUAUUAGGGGUGUAGUUUAUUUUGAUUGUACGGUUAAUAAAAAAGUGUGAUUUUUAUGACCUUAA